AUGGUUCCCCCUAAGCGCUCCUCCGGUACAGCACCUCCUGCAUCAAAGCACCCACGACUGCCAAUACGACCUGAAGAAGAUGGAGAGACUGAUGAGUCUGAGAUAUCUUACCGACCAUUGACUCCACUGCCAGCCCGCAUUCAGAGUACUCAAUCGAUCACCGUCACCAAAAUAACCUGA